CUUUGCAUUCACGUUGCUUCCACCUGUACACACCCUCCUUUCUUGGAACGCAUACGCGACACUUUUUUCCUGACGCUUCAAGUCUUCCUUUGUUUCUAGCUGCUGCUUGCUUGACAACUUGCACUUUGCCAACUCGCCAGUGUAACUUUUACUUGCUACCACAACAAGCACUUCUUCAAUACGCCACGAAACGUCACGACUCAACACGACACCAUGGCUCGCUUCUUCGCUCUUCUCAUUGCUGCCGCCGGCCUCCUCAUACAGAACGGCUCGGCCCUGCCGGCUCCCCUUGUGCCUUACCCGUUGCCAAACGGCACUGUCCCGCACCCUAUGCCUACUGCCACUGGCGGCGUGGUGCUUCCCACCGAUGGUAUUCACUUCCCGGUCAUCCCACCGCCUGGUGCCCCCAAAGAGCGGUCUCUGCGAACUCCCAACCUCAACUUCCCAAAGCCGGCGAAUGGAAACUCAUUCUCGAAACCACCUCCAGAACGCUUUUCUGAGCGCAUCUCGGCCGCCGGUUGUCGAAGUCUUCGGAUGCAUAACUUCCCAUUCGAUCACAACCGCAUGAACGAGAUUCAUGCUCCACUUAUCAAAUUCAUCAUCGUUCUCCUCAAGCCAGCUCGUUCGGCUGAGAUUUCCGAGAGCAACCUCAUUUAG